CUCAUCAUUACAUUUUAUUCCAUUCUAUUCCAUUCAUUUCGAUUCGAGCAGUCACGACGUUACGACAUUAUGAAGUACUUUGCAAUUUUUAUCCUACUUGGCUUUAUUGGAUUCUCUAUUUCUGAAGUGAUACAGCCACAAAAUUGUGAAUAUCCUGAAGGGACCGUAAUAAACUGCACAGUACACGAAGUACGCGUCGACCCUUGCAAGGAAGCCGAUCAAGGAAAACCAUGUCGCAUUAAACGGGGACAAAACGCCAGUAUUUCAUUCGAUUACACAGCAAACUUUGAGGGAAACAGUUUGGAAAGUCGCGCUUACUGGGCUAGUCAGGUGAUCGAUCUACCUUUUGUUGGGAUGGAAACCAACGCCUGCGCGACGACCGUUUGUCCCGUUCAACCAGGACAAAAGCAAACUUACGAUAUUAGUCUUCCUAUCUUAAAAUCAUUCCCAGCUAGAACCUAUGACGUUAAAUGGAAGUUAUGGAAUCCUCAGCAACAGGAAUGCUGCUUCAUUUUCCAAAUUAAAUUACAUAAAUAAAAUUUUUUUUAAUUAAAUAUCGCACUGGUUUAAGUAAUUACUGUUUAAUUUGUCCAUUUCUACGCAAAAAAAAAAUAAUUUCUGGGCGCAAAAAAUAUUUGACAUUAGAAAUUGAUGAGGAAAAUUUUCUUAGGAUUAAAAAAAAAUUUUUUGGCACAAGAAUUUUUUUUUUUGCUCCAAGAAAAUUUUUUUUUAAAUUUAUAAUGGAAAAAAUUUAUUGGGUCAAGUAAAAAUUUUCUUGAGGCGAGUAAGAAAUUUUCUGUGCCAAGAAAUACUUU